AUGCUUGUUUUAUGUCCUAUUGAUCAGCAUUCCAUUAACGGGGACGAGAUGAUAGGAAGAAAUAAUGACAUGGCUCUUCCAACCCAUCAAAUAAAUUUUACUAAUGUUGACAUUUGGUCAGUGAAUGACAACAUUUCGGUGACUGCCGAGCCACAAGCGCAGGACGUCCCGCAUGUACCUCUCUACGUCACCAUCUACGUUACAAUCUUUAAUGUAGCCAUCUUUUUAGUCGGCGUCAUUGGCAACAUCCUGGUGAUAGUCGUGGUGGCUAAAGUGAAGGAUAUGCGCACCAGCAUUAACCUGUACUUGGUGAACUUGAGCGUGGCCGAUCUCCUGGUGUUGCUGGUGUGCCAACCUACAGCAUUGCUGGAGUUUUACUCAAAGGAGAGGUGGUACCUGGGAGCA